AUGAAAGAAGCAAAAUAUCUAGCAAAACAAGCAAGUUUGGGGAUUGCGACGGGCCUAGGGGCCAAACCACAAGCAGAGAUUCAUCCUGUUAGGCCUUCUAUUGAGGGUUUUGCAACAAUGACAGAGCAACCUUAUCAAGAGGCUCAACCCUCUAGUGCCUCCACUGCUCCUACUACAACUACCACCUCAACUACCACUACUACCACAACAACACCAGGCACCACAUCAACCGCGUCUGUUGCAGUGGCUAUUUCAACACCACCUCCACCCUUGGCUACAACAACUGUUACUCCAUCUUCUAUUUCUUCACAAAUGCCUACACUUGCAAUGACUCCUACAACUGAGAAAAUAACUAUUCAUAAUGUGGAGUCAGACUCAGACCAAGAGGAGGUUGAGCCAGCACCAAAGAAGGAGCAGCAACAGGAUGAAGAAGAGGAAACGAAGAAAAGACAAGGUGAAGAACAUGAUGAAAGGUUGGUUCUUACUCCACAAGAUGUAGAAAACUUAUUGAAAGAUAUCGUAGGUGGAGAUAAAGAACACCAAAGUAAAGAGCCAACCAAGGACUUCAAUGAGCAACAACAUCAACUUGUCGUACUAGUGCUUCCCACUCAGGGAGAGGCCCAAGCUCCUCUGGAUACAUUGGUUAGAGAAGAGGAGGAAAAUGAGGAAGUAACCUCACAAGAAAUUGGAAGGGUGAUGACACAAAUAACCGCUGAAGAAGGGGGCACAUAUGAGGGGACACCACAAUGGUUAAUCUUCACUUUUGAUAAGAAACAGAAGGUGGUGUUGCCUAAACUCACAUUGCAGCAGGAUAUUACGGAGGAUCCAAAUAAAACAAAGAGGGCUAAGACAAUUCAUCAUUUAUCUAGAAUUGGCUCCAGUGAAGUAAUUGCGGAUAUCGCAUCCCUUGUGGAGACAGAAGAAGAGGGCCCUUCAAAAUACUAA